AUGAUCAAUGCCUUUCUGGUCUUCAACGGCCAAGGUCAGCCUCGUUUGACCAAGUUCUAUACUCAAUUGCGCCUCAUCUCCGAAAUAUUUACACUCGUCUCGAAUCGACCGGCCGGAUCUUGUAACUUCUUACCCCUCCCACCUCUGCUCGCCGCUUCAGGCACCUCCCACACCUCCUCCGAAGAACAGAAUGAUGUCCCAACACUAGUAACAUACCGCAACUAUGCGACCCUUUAUUUCAUCGUCAUCUCUACAUCGACUGAGUCGCCGCUUGCCCUUAUCGAUCUGAUCCAAGUCUACGUGGAGGCCCUCGACAAGCUCUUCGAGAACGUCUGUGAGCUGGACUUAAUCUUCAACUUCGAAACCCUACACUCUACCUUAUCGGAAAUGAUAAUAGGGGGCGUGGUAAUAGAGACAAACCUGGAUCGCAUUGUCUCAGGAGUAAAGGCCCAAGGGACGGUCGCGAAGAGACCUGUGAACGAAGGCAGAGGGCCUACUGGUCUGGGAAGUGGACUUGGUAUGGGUGCCAAUUUUGCUUGGACUGGGCGAUGA